GCUGCUACCCGUUCCCGAUGUGGGCGGCCGUGCGCACGGGGUGAUGCCGCUCGGUUUCUCUGAGGCGAUGAGACGCCUUUCCCCCGGGGCACGCGGCGGACGGCCGUUAGGCGCCGCGCGGACGGCCGUUACGCCUUGGGGCGGGCGCGCGGAGGAGGGCGGUCCCCGCUCGCGGCGGCCCUUCUCCUUGGGCCGGCCCUGCCCCUGGGGGGAGGCCGCGGUGCCCGCCUGGAACCGGGCUGCUCGCCAGCGCCAUGGGGCCGGCAGCGGCGCGGGGGUGCCGGCUGUGGGGGCUGCUGGGGCUGCUGUGCGCGGCCAUAGCGGCGGCCCCGGCUCGCCCCGCGGCGGCCCCGCUGCUGUGCAACGUGAGCCUGGACAGCCCCGCCGAGGAGCGGUGGCUGCCGGUGCUGCGGCACUUCGAUCCCGUCUUCCUGCGCGCCGCCGUCGCACGGAUCAUCGAUGAAAGCGUACCCAAAUGGGUCCACGAAGUUAUUCGGCCGAUAGCAGCGGAAUUGGAGUUCCUUAUGCCGCAACCCUUUGUGGGGGAAAUCCUGGGACUGUGCGAAGCACUGGGAAUAAGUCUUGGAGAUGGAGUUCUGCUUAACUUUGCCUACGAAUCUACUGCGUUCUGUACUAGUAUUGUCGCUCAGGAUGACAAAGGAAACAUUUACCACGGUCGGAACCUGGAUUACGGUUUUGUCGAUAUAUUAAGCAAGAUUACAAUUGAUGUGCGCUUUAUAAAAAGCGGGCAGAUAGCGUAUCAAGGCACCACGUUUCUUGGUUACGUAGGCUUAUGGACUGGACAAAGUCCGCACAAGUUCACAGUCUCCGGUGAUGAACGAGAGGGUGGUAGGUGGUGGGAAAAUGCAAUAGCUGCUUUUCUGAAUCGGAAUUACCCCGUCAGCUGGCUUGUCCGAGACACCCUGAGCAGAGCAGAGGACUUUCAGUCAGCUGUUCUCAGACUAGCGGGCGUUCCCAUCAUUGCUGAAGUUUACUAUAUUGUAGGAGGUGUAUCGCCCAAAGAAGGCAUGGUCAUAACGAGGAACAGAAGAGGGCCAGCAGAUCUCUGGCCUCUUGAUCCUUUAGGUGGAGCGUGGUUUCGUGUGGAGACAAAUUAUGACCAUUGGACUACUCCUCCUCCUUUUGACGAUCGAAGAACUCCAGCCAUCAAAGCUCUCAAUGCUACCGGACAGCAGAACAUCAAUUUUGAUACGCUCUUUAAGGUGUUGUCAGUGAAGCCAGUCUUAAACAAUAACACCGUGUACACGACAGUAAUGAGCGCUGCGCUUCCAGAUAAGUACCAGACAUGGAUCAGAACUGUGAAGUGAAGAGGU